GACGCAGGCAGGCUUCGGGGACCCCUUCCCCGAGAGACGGCACCAUGACCCAGGGAAAGCUCUCCGUGGCUAACAAGGCCCCCGGGACCGAGGGCCAGCAGCAGGCGAAUGGAGAGAAGAAGGAGGCUCCAGCAGUGCCAUCGGCCCCGCCCUCCUAUGAGGAGGCCACCUCAGCGGAGGGGCUGAAGGCAGGGGCCUUCCCUCCAGCCCCUGCAGCUGUGCCUCUCCACCCCAGCUGGGCCUAUGUGGACCCUAGCAGCAGCUCGAGCUAUGAGAGCGGUUUCCCCACCGGAGACCAUGAGCUCUUCACCACCUUCAGUUGGGAUGACCAGCAAGUUCGCCGAGUCUUCAUCAGAAAGGUCUAUACUAUCCUGCUGAUCCAGCUGCUGGUGACCUUGAGUGUCGUGGCUCUCUUUACCUUCUGUGACCCCGUUAAGGACUAUAUCCAGGCUAACCCAGGCUGGUACUGGGCAUCCUACGUUGUAUUCUUUGCGACCUACCUGACCCUGGCCUGCUGUUCUGGACCUAGGAGAUAUUUCCCCUGGAACCUGAUUCUUCUGACCAUCUUUACCCUGUCCAUGGCCUACCUCACUGGGAUGUUGUCCAGUUACUACAACACCACCUCGGUGCUGCUGUGCCUGAGCAUCACGGCCCUCGUCUGCCUCUCCGUCACCAUCUUCAGCUUCCAGACCAAGUUUGACUUCACCUCCUGCCAGGGCGUGCUCUUCGUGCUGCUCAUGACUCUCUUCUUCAGUGGACUCAUCCUGGCCAUCCUCCUGCCCUUCCAAUAUGUGCCCUGGCUCCAUGCAGUGUAUGCCGUGCUGGGAGCAGGCGUGUUUACAUUGUUCCUGGCAUUUGACACUCAGUUGCUGAUGGGUAACCGACGCCACACGCUGAGCCCCGAAGAGUAUGUGUUUGGAGCCCUCAACAUUUACCUAGACAUCAUCUACAUCUUCACCUUCCUCCUGCAGAUUUUUGGCACCAGCCGGGAAUGAGGAGCCCUUCCCACCACCUCUCCCUUCAGAGAAUGCUCCCUCGCUGGCCCUCCACCCUCCCUGUGCUCCUGUAAGCCCAGAUAUAAACUAGCUGCCAGGCCAGCCUGGGGCCAGCCUGCUCACUCCCUCCGCCCACCCCUCAUCCUCACCCUCUGUAGCUUGUACCCAUGCCCCGAGGGGCCCUGCGGAACCAAGGUCACCCCAUGCCCUGUGCCACCCUUUCCCCCAGUUACAUCUCCCAGACUGAGACAGGCCAGGCUGGAGACUCCCCUGGGUUUGAGGACCCAAGGGACAAGUGAGAGGAGAGCAGCAGGAUCUCAGAGGGAGAGACCCUAGGAAGCCUGGCUGAGGCCUGCACCCCACCGAGAUUCCUCCCAAGGCUGCCACAGCGGUGUGAUGGGGGGUGGGUUGGGGGGCACAUUGUCCUGUGUCCAGGACACCCUCCUCUCUCUCU